AUGUCGGCGCCGUCGUCCUCAUCGCAACCCCACAUCACAUGGCGAUCUCGGUGGGACUCUGCGAUGUCUGCAACCGCACCGGAGAGGCCAACGGUAGAGGAGGUAAUCCCGGUAGUCCACGGGGUUGUGGACCAGAUUCUAGAAGGGCCGGGAGUCAACAAAUCUCGUAUCGGUACUGUUAUACGGAAGGGGGCUACUCUGUUGGCACAGUAUUACGGUGGUCAUGUUCCAGAGAAUUGGAACGAGAUUAUUAGAGCCCCUGGUGCAGCUGAGUUGAUCAAAGAUGAAAUUGAUCGCAUAUUCCCCCUUAUCUACGGGGAAAUACUUUUCUGUGUGGAUGAUGCAGGAUUGGAUUAUGCUGAUGGCGCUAGGGAAUUGGCGGGAGUCUUAUCUACUCGUAUAAUCAAAACCAUAUUGAAGCUGACGACGAUAGACGAAGCGGCUAUCCUAUUCGAUGGGUUUAUCAAAGUAUUGGCUACUUGCAAUGAACGUUCACAGUCGGCGAUGAGCAUCGCGCCUUCGACGGUGAAUGUUUCGAGCGCCCAGGAAAAGAGUGACGAUCGUGUCAAUAUAAAAGAUUUACCAUUGGUUGAUGGUGGCGAAUGGGGUCUGGCAAAACUGGGUGUUGUAUCGUAUGAUACCUGGCAGUAUCGUAUUCGUCUGGCAUGUUCCUCAUAUGCUCUGAAGGGUCGCCGUGCGUGUUAUUACGCCUUGCGGAACCUCUGUGGUGCUGAACGUACCUACGCCCAUACGUGCUUGACCAAGGAGAUACCCGAAGGCAUCGAGCCAUUGGAUUAUCUUUUACAGCGACUACAGGAGGAGUAUGGAUCCGUUUGGUCACACGGUCGGGCAAGGCAGCAGUUCCAGCAGGCCAAGAAGCAGAGCAACGAGUCGGUGGUAUCGUUUAUGUCACGGCUUAAGAGCAUGGCAGUAGCACUGCCAGGGAAGUGCAACGUAAGUGAGGGCGAGUUGCGGCAGCGAUUUCUCGAUGGUAUUCCGCCGGGACUUCUCGCUAAAAUAAAGAGUCGUUACGGUCCAAAAAUUUACGAGAAGAAAUUAGAAUCCAUUGUGGAUUCGGCAGAAUUUUUCGAUUCGGAGUAUCAGCAAGGUCGGGAUACUGUGAUCGGACGGAAGGGUGGUGGAGCACGGCCACGAUUUCCAGAGAAUGGGAAACCGCAAGCUCGUGACGGUGGUCGACAGGAGAAUGUUGAUCGACCAUUCGGUAAAGGGAAUGCGAUAUCGGCCAAUCUAUCGAACAUCCAUUGCUAUAAUUGUGGGAAGGCCGGCCAUUUCAAGAGGAAUUGUCCUGAUCUCUCACGCAAUAGUGGGCGAAGUCCUUCUACUGUAUCGACUUCUGGUGUUGCUGGCGAAGCCCAGAAACCCAAGGGCCCUGGGUCUCCUGGGAGACCAGCACAACCAACUGGGAGCGUAGAAGUAUUCGUGGGAGAAGUUCGAGGAGUGUAUGCGAUUGGAGCCGAUGAUCGAGUUCCGAAGCUAUUAUGUAAGUUCGGCCGGCAUGCUGCGAUGAGGACGACGGCGCCGACAUUGGCUAACGCGAGGCAGAUGUGCUACUUGAUAGUGGUGCGGCGUCAUCACUGA